AUGGCUUCAGAAGUGGAUGCUUCAUCAUUGGCAAGCAUCAUUGAAUUAAAUGAUGCGCUUGUAGAUUCGGAAUGGUUCUGUCCAGGUGAAAUUCAUUCAAUAAUACCAACCGGAAAUAAAUGGAGUAAACGGAAAAGGAAAAUAGAAGCAAAUAAAUUUCAUGAUAAUACACAUUCAAAUUGUUUAUUUUAUAUGCGUUGGUAUGAAGCAUAUAAAAUUCGUGCUUUAAAACAGCGAUUUGAACAAUAUAAAAUAGAUGAAAUACAAUCGUUUAUAAAGCAAAAAAUUCAAAAAAUGAAUGAUGUUGUAAGAGAUGAAGAAAUUAAAUUACGCUUAAUUUCAUCAGUUAUUCUAAAACCGGAUCAUAUGCAAACAGCACGAAUUAUUGCAGCAAUAAUUUCACUUGCAAAAUCCAAAUUCUCAAGCAAAGUUGAGCUUUGA